GCAUUCUCCUCCAUCUUUGUCUGUUCGCGAAACGCAUCUCGACGCUUGCGUUCUUCUUUCCUCAGCCCUUUACAGUUCGCUCUCUUUUCAGUUCUUGAACAAGUCUCUUUCUUUUCUUUUUUCAAUUGAGGGAAGAAAUCUCACUGCUCAAGAAACGAAGGCCAAUCAAUGCUGCGUGCAGGGUCACUCCGAUUUCCCAUUUUGGCCACUUUCCUCCUGUUUUUCUCUGCAUUUCCCUUAUUAUCUCAGGGAAAAGAAAGGACCCCAGAGGAAAUUUCCCAUUUUGUUCCAUUUCAUGCUCAGCACAAUCCAGGUGAGAUUUAUAGGGAUAUUAAUGGAGUGGUUUUGGGGGAGAAAAGAAGGGUUCUUGCUGAAGGUCCCAAUGGUGAGCUCCCAUUGAACUCAUCGUCACUCAUUUUGGCUGCUAAAAGGACUUACAGGGAAGACCCUCUCAAUGAUUUCAAGAAAUACACAGGUGGAUGGAACAUUAGCAACCGCCACUACUGGGCUUCUGUGGGUUUUACUGCCGUUCCAUUCUUUUUAGCUGCUCUGAUCUGGUUUGCAAUCUUUGGGCUUUGUUUGUUGUUCAUUUGUAUUUGCUACUGCUGUUGCACAAGGGAACAAUAUGGAUAUUCCCGAUUAGCAUAUGCUCUCUCUCUCAUCCUCCUCAUCGUCUUUACUGUUGCUGCAAUAGUUGGCUGCAUCAUUCUGUAUGUUGGACAGGGAAAAUUUCAUAGCAGUACAAUAAACACUUUAGGCUAUGUAGUUAACCAGGCAAACACAACAGCAGGUAGUCUCAGAAAUGUUUCAGGUUAUCUGGCGGCAGCCAAACAGAUCUCGGUGGCCCAAUUUCUUCUCCCCGGUAAUGUGCAAAGUGACAUUGAUGGCAUCAUGAACAAGAUCAACUCUUCUGCUAGUGAACUUGCUACUAAGACUUCAGAAAACAAAGAUGGCAUAGACAACCUGAUAGAGACCGUGUAAGAGGAAACUUAAACCACGGG